AUGGCGAGAAAAAUUCUCUGCCUGUUUGACGUGGACGGCACGCUGACGAAACCGAGGGGUUCUAUAGAAAGAGAGCUGGAGGACUUUUUGCAACAAAAAGUUAAGCCGUUAUGUAGUUUGGGUCUGAUUGGUGGGUCAGAUUUUAAAAAAAUAGCGGAACAGAUGUACGGCAAGGACGUGGUCGAGAGGUAUCAAUAUGUUUUUUCCGAGAACGGGUUAGUUUGGUUUAAAAACGGCAAAGAGGGCGACAGGCAGACCAUACAAAAACACGUGGGAGAAGAGAAAUUGCAAGAGUUCAUUAAUUACGUGUUGCGAUACCUUUCGAAGGUAAUACUUCCAGUAAAAAGGGGCACCUUUGUAGAAUUCCGAUCGGGAAUGUUGAACAUUUCACCAAUAGGCAGAUCAUGUUCUCAGGAAGAAAGAGAAGCAUUUGAAAAGUAUGAUAAGGUGUUUAAUGUCCGCGAGAAAAUGAUAGAGGCUCUCAAGGCGCAGUUUCCGAAUAUCGGGUUUACUUAUGCCAUAGGUGGACAAAUCAGUUUCGAUGUAUUUCCUACCGGUUGGGACAAAACAUAUUCCUUGAGGCAUUUGCAGGAGGAGGGUUUCGAUGAAAUCCACUUUUUUGGUGAUAAGACGUUUGUGGGCGGCAAUGACUACGAGAUAUUCAGUGAUAGCCGGACGAUAGGUCAUACAGUGAUAAAUCCAGAAGAUACAAAGGCGCAAUUAAAAAAGUUGUUUAAUUUGUAAUUUUUUACUUUGUUACUAUUAAUUUUUUAUAACAAUGUAGCACAGAAUAACUUUACAAUUAGUUAUAUGGUAGAUAACGCGUAUAUCAGCAAAUGAAUGUGAUAAGAAAGGGUCAGGGGACAAAUAUAUAUUUAUAAUUUUUAUUGCGGGUUCCUGAGAGUUCAGAUUUUGUGUAAAGUAUUGGGUUGUUCGGAAAGUCAUUUCGUUUUU